AUGCUACGAGGAUUGGUGAUGCUGAACGGCGGCUUCUUGUCGGGCCCGCACGAGUCGAUCAUGGGAGGAGGAACACCGCUCUGCCCCUACGACAGCAAUGGCGUCUGCUACUCUGAUGGCACGGGUCGCGAUGAGAGCUGUAGUCGUGCUGCUGUGCUCAGCAUUGCUUGCAUGCCUUUGUGUCUGCUGCGCUCUGCACUGUCGUUGCCUUACUGUGAAUGCAACACUGGAAAGAUUCCAGCAACCAGGGACACUGGCAACGAGCUAGAGAAGGUCGAGCCUGAAGAUCUUCUGAUGGAAUAA